GUGGCAGAAUUCAUCGACGAGCGCCCAGACGAGGUGAAGCUCAUGGAGCAAUUCCGUACAAACGCGAAAUGGAAACUCCUAGGAGACUCGAACGAAGACUCGCAGAGUUUGGAAGUGUCAGCACCUGCCAAAUCUGCUGUGAGGCGACAGCGCCAUGACUCCCCAGACACCUCGCCACCGAGGAGACUGAGACACGACACCCCGGACAAGUCACCUCCAGGACACCAGUGCCGCGACUCCCCGGAUCUGUCCCCUCCCAGGCGAGGGAGGAACAACUUCCCCAGCCUCUUACCUCCCAGGCGACAGCGCCACGAUUCCCCUGACCUCUCCCCGCCGAGGAGGAAGCACAACGGCUCUCGUCACGACUCUCCUGACCUGUCACCUCCCAGGCGAAAGCGUCAUGACACCCCUGAGGUGUCCCCUCCCAGGCGAAAGCGUCAUGACUCCCCUGACAUGUCACCUCCCAGGCGACAGCGUCAUGACUCCCCUGACAUGUCACCUCCCAGGCGGCAGCGUCAUGACUCCCCUGACGUGUCACCUCCCAGGCGACAGCGUCAUGACACCCCUGACGUGUCACCACAGAAGCGUCAGGCUACUCCGGAUCUGUCCCCUGCGCGGAAGAAGAGGUGCGAUUCGGACCCAGGUUCGUCACCCCCUCACAGACAGAGGACUGGGUCACCUAGUCAGAAAAAGCAGAGUAGAACAAAAGACACGAAAAAGCUCAGGCCGGUGCCCUCCCCUCCGAGGCGCCUGAGGCGCGACUCCGACUCCCCGUCCCCGCGCAGGGGUGCCCGGAACACCUCUGAGGCAGAGCGCAGGCCAGGCCGUGUGCACUCAUCUCCUCCACAACGGACUCUGCCAGCUGGAAAGGAUCAGCGCAGUUCAAGGAGUCCCCCAGACCUCUCACCUCAUCGCCACCGUGACCCUAAGGGAUCUCCCAAGAAGGCAAACGUGACAUUCACUGGGGUCAAAGGUGGCUUGGUGUCAGCUGAGGUGCUGCAGAGGGAACAGCAGGAGUUCAGGAAACAUGAGAGAAAUAAACACCUGGAAGAGGAAUCCAAACACUCGGAGACCAUCUUCCGAGACAAGUUCGGCCGCAAGAGAGACCUGGCGCAGGAGCUGCUGGAGGAGAAGCAGAAAGCUGAAGCUCAGUCUGAGAGGGACCAGCAAUACGCCAGAUGGGGGAAAGGGCUGGCACAGGGGAGGCAACAGCAGCAGAACGUGGAAGAUGCAAUCAAAGAGAUGCAGAAGCCCUUGGCCCGUUACAUUGAUGACCAGGAUCUGGAUCGAAUGCUGAGAGAACGAGAGAGAGAAGGAGACCCUAUGGCUGACAUAAUCAAGAAAAGGAAGGCCAAGGAGAACAAAGAAAAGAAAGAAAAACCGAGGUACAAGGGACCAGCACCUCCGCUCAACAGGUUUAAUAUCUGGCCCGGGCAUCGCUGGGAUGGUGUGGACAGGUCCAACGGGUUCGAGCAGCAGCGCUUCGCUCGGAUAGCCAACAGGAAGGCGGUUCAGGAGCUCGCCUACAAGUGGAGCGUUGAGGACAUGUAG